AUGAAAAGGUAUCCAAAGGAACUGCUGUACCUCAUGGCUGCUUCUUAUCAGUCCACGGAACUGGACACGCCACGUGCUUUUUCCGAUAUCCUUUUGCUCUCCCGCUGCAAUUUGAAGGUGGCAGAGAACUUCACGCGAGAUCUCGUCGAGCGGGCCAAAACAGAUCAGGGGCUCAUGGACAUGAUCGUCAAGGAGGCACAAAUCAGCGGUGCUGUGGACAAGAUUGCAGCUCUCCUCUACGUGGUGCCCUUUGCCGGCGCAGACAUACUGGAUGCUCUCUGUGUGCAGCCGAUCAUCCAGGAUGCCGCGAGACAUCCCUUGCCAGCCCGUACUUGGCUGACUGGCCCCGUGCGCUGCGCGUACCAGGCAGACACGGCCAAACGGCGUGGGCUGACCUGGCCCAGAUGGGAGCACAACGCAGAGGUCGAUUCAAUACACCAGCAGCACCUUGGCUCUAACUCAGGGUUCGGGUUUAGGGUUUAG